AUGAACUCCUUUGUAGUCUUAUUCGCCUGCAUCGUUGUAGCGACUAGCGCGCCACUUGAAGGACAUAGCGAAGAAGGUUUAGGGCAAGAACAUCACGACUAUUAUGCUCCACCACAUUACAGCUACGAAUAUAAAGUGCACGACGAGCAUAAAGGUGACGUCAAAUCUCACCAUGAGACCAGGGAAGGAGACAAAGUCAAAGGAUUCUACAUGCUGAAAGAAGCUGAUGGUACAGUCAGAGAAGUCCAUUACACCGCCGAUCACAAAAACGGUUUCAACGCUGAGGUCAAACGAGUUGGACAUGCCAUACACCAAGAAGCACCAGCACCAGUGUACCACCUAAAAGAGGAAGAAAAUCAUGGCCACCAUGAACCACAUCAUUACAGCUAUGAGUACAAAGUCCACGACGGGCACACAGGAGACGUUAAAUCUCAUCAUGAAAGCAGGGAAGGUGACACUGUCAAGGGAUUCUACAUGCUGAAAGAAGCCGAUGGUACAGUGAGGGAAGUCCAUUACACCGCCGAUCACAAAAAUGGUUUCAACGCUGAAGUCAAAAGAGUUGGGCACGCCCUCCACCACAUGCCAGUCCACCAUCUACAUUAA